GGGCGGGAUUAGGGAAAUGGGAGCCGGUUUUGGGCGCAGGGCGGCAGGUGUAGCGAUGAGGAGCGGUGCCGGGCGGGAGGGAGAGGGUGGCCCCGCACGGCAGAGCCCAACCCCGACGGCAGCUCGCCCGCCCGGGCAUGGCAGGAGCCCCGCCGCGCCGCCCCUCGAACUGACCCCCCUCCUCCGCCGGCGCCAUGCCCCCCCAGGAGCUGCUGGACUACUCGCCCGCCCUGCGGAGACAUAGCCCCCCCCGGGGCAGCGGCCCGGAGCUGGGCAUCAAGUGCGUGCUGGUGGGCGAUGGCGCCGUGGGCAAGACCAGCUUGGUCGUCAGCUACACCACCAACGGGUACCCCGACGAGUACCAGCCCACCGCCCUCGACACCUUCUCCGUGCAGGUCCUGGUGGAUGGAGCCCCAGUCCGGAUCCAGCUGUGGGACACCGCUGGACAGGAGGACUUCGACUGCUUGCGCUCGCUUUGUUACCCCGACACCGACGUCUUCCUCGUUUGCUUCAGCGUGGUAAACCCAAGUUCUUUCCAAAACAUUACUGAGAAAUGGAUCCCCGAGAUACGAACUCACAAUCCCCGGGCACCGGUGCUGCUAGUGGGGACACAGGCAGACUUGCGGGACGAUGUCAAUGUCCUCAUCAGCCUGGACCGCUACCACGUGAAGCCCGUGGCCCGGCCUCAGGCAGAAGGUCUAGCUGACAAAAUCCGGGCUGAAGCCUACCUGGAAUGCUCAGCACUGACCCAGAAGAACCUCAAAGAAGUUUUUGACAUGGCCAUUGUCAGCGGUGUUGAGCACAAAGCACGGCAGGAAAAGAAGAUGACUGCCAAAGGCAUCAAAACUCUCUCCAAGUGCCGCUGGAAGAAAUUCUUCUGCUUUGUCUGAAGAGGGGAGGAGGAAAGAAACACCCGAGGCCAAUAUUGGCUCUGCACCUUCUUGGAGUGACUGCUCCUAUGGCCCCAGCGAGGAGGGUAUGAUAAGCUCCUGGGCUUGGAAACCUGGCUCUUGCUGGGUUACAGAAUCAGAUGCCUAGGAGACAACAAACUGGAUUUCCAUUGUGCUGGGAUGUGGAAUGGUCCAGGCAGCUCUAAGUACCUGCUGGCCAUGUCUGUAGUGUCCCAGGCUAAUGGGAGCCUUUAAUACACCAAGACUGGGUACCCCAGAACAAGCAGGAUCCUUCCAUUGUUCAAAAUAACCAGUUUUCUCUCUGAAGCUCACACGCUGAUGGGGUCCUGAUGCAGCAUAAUAAACGUGAGGGACUUUUGAAGGCUGCCUGUGUUUUGGCUGAUUUACAGGCUUGGCAGAGAGUAGGGCAGGGGCAGUUACAGGUGACUGCAGUGUGGUCAGACAUGGGCUGCCGAGUUCGUAAGGUGAGACUUGGGUUCCCCCUCUGAUUCUGCUUGCCAAAAUAGCUAGAAAUCACUUGGCUGUGAAAAAGCAGUGCUCUUUCUUAAAGGCCUUGUAUUGUGAGUACCUUUGAGAAGGUUUUCCCUAAAUGAAGGCCAUUAGCAGGCUAAAGAGAAAACACACUAGGAGCUACAGUAGUUCUUUAAGCAAAACGUUCUCUGAAGAGGACUCUGCACUCCAAUGGGUGCCCAUGCUGUAGCCCUGUCUUAAGAGGUAGUCAUGAACUUG